GAAUCCUACAUCUCCGACUCGCCUUGUACGCUACCAAAAUUUUGUCUACCGCAUAGAAUUGGCCAUUGUCUGUCAAGAUGAACACCGUUAAAUCGUUCUGGCUGGGCUGGGGCUCCCUCUGCGUCGCUGGAGGUGGUGCCUACUUCUUCGCCAAGAGGCAGAUCAACGCCGACCGUCAGGCCAAGCUCGAGGCGCACCGCAAGAAGAAGCAGAUGAUUGAGUCGCUUGAGUACGAUCAGGGUAACGGUAGCCCUGCGCGCACCGACAGCGCCGGCUCCCCGAGCCAAGAAGCGAGCAGCGACCCGGCGCCUACGAGACACGCACCCGAGACGGAGGCGCAACGGGUGGGAGAGAAGAGCAAAUAUGAAAGUUCUACAGUAUACCGGAGUCCAAAGGGGGAUCGAUUCUCUUAGGACCGGUAGCGGAGAGGCGGAUUUCACAUGGACAGCAAGGGCUCGUGAUCAGAGCCGUGUACAACAACUACCCAACGCAUCGUCAUGACUUGAUACUAGGAUAUAGGAAGUGAAUGGGGAAAAUCCAGACUGCUUU